GAAAUGGGUAGCAAGACGCUCCACUGAUAUGCCCCUUAGCUCAAGCUUGAUUGUCGGUCUUUCAUUGUUACCGGGUGCGAUAUUUAAAGCAGGGCUUAUUCUAGGUCGAGUUGCAUAAAUGCAGCUACAAGUCCUCCAGCUUGGGGCCGAUUUCCAUGACAAGAUCCUUCUGAUAUGCCUCCACAGCCAACAGUACAGCGCACCGAGACGAUGUCGCUUGAGAUCCGCACCACCGCGACCAAGCCCGGAGCGCCACCUGUUUCUAUCGUCUUUGCCCACAACCAUCCAAAUUUUCCAAAGGGCGAAACUAUACCGUUGAGCCCCGGUUCUCCAUACAAGGUGAGCUGCGAGUAUGAGGUGAAAAUAACACCUACACCAAAGCAAGCACAGGAAACUAGAGCUACAAACAACCCGCCAUCACCGGCUGCGACAAGGGCCCCAUCGUCAACGGCGACGAAAGCAGUCCCAACGUCCCACGGAAAGCAUCAACAUCCCCCAGCAAGGGCGUCAAGUUCCGCAACCCAGUCUACCAGAUCCGGCAUACCUGCGCGAAAUGCAUCUUCAACGGCAACACCUGCGACCAAGACUAAACAGGCCGGGGUGGCUCCAUCGGUAACAACGGCGCCCAGGGCAAAUGCAAACGCAAACGGCCCUAUUUUGUCCAGGACCAAGUCCGAAGCGACGCGUGCUAUUUAUACCAGGGCGGCGCCUGCAGCUACCGAUGCUGCUAGGGGCUCGUGUAAAAAUGACAGCCGCUCUACUAGUAGUAGCAGUUCGAGCGUACGUUACCCAUCAACUGAUGACCACGAUUGCUACUGGUGCGACUGUCCAAAACUUCCGCUGCCCUCGGGUCUCAUUCCUACGACACCGCUCGCGGGCGAAGCUCGAGAGCAUUCUCGCCACCCGGUUGGUGUGCCAGAGAGGAGCAUGGCCUGGGAUGCUCGCUAUUCCGUGGUCCGUCCUCCCGAGGAUAUCUUGCCGCCGGGCCCUGAGGACGAGUAUGAGUGUGUGCGAGUCACGCAGAGGCGUGUUCAUAUCAACUCAAAGACUGUCCGUGAUCUCAGUGGACCGCAAUGGGUGCAUCAGGUCGCCUCCUGGACGGAGUCCAAAUCACGAGACCAGAAUAACAACCUUCACUUCGUCCGGGAAAGCCAUAAUCUUGAGCAAAUACUCAGGUGAUGGAGCUGUUUACCGGGCGAGAAACAGAGUGAGCCGACACGACACUGUCGGAUGACUGGGUUUCUUGGUCAAUGUGUUGCGCCUUCUCCACCGCUAUUUGGCAACUUCCUAGCCACGAGCUCUCUGUUAUAGAAAUCCGCCAAGACAGCUGUUUGGUUGCCUCUAUAGACUCCAGAGAUCCCAGGCAAACGUCAAUCGUGCACCGGUUCACGUCGCCUGACUGGAUAAAAGCCCUAAAAGGUCAUUUAGCUGCCGGACAGGAGGAUCGCCAUGACUAUAAUAGCAAGGGAGAGUCACCCAGUGAAAAGAAGCCCAUGACGCUGUUUGAGCAGAUUCUUUCCCUCAAGGUUGGUGAGGCCCUGCUCUUUGCGCCCAGUGCUAUCGUCGGGGCUAGGGAGAGCGAUGGAGAUGAGAGGCGUGGAGUUGAAUUUGAGCGACUGGGAGGGAGGAAUCUGAUGAGCACGGUGAGGGGGAGAUUGACUGAUGAUGGUGGAAAGAGUAUUCUCUCACAGUAGGAUCUGGAGUGGGCAGGGCUGGGCCUGGUAAUAUAAGGGGUGCGGGGAUCUAACUAAGUAGAUGGGGAUUAGGUACGUCUUGGUUAUUCCGGAAUAGAUUGUCCAGAUUAGGAAUCGAGUUUCCCUAUUGAGAUUUGAAAGACCUGCAAUGGUUCCUUCUUCUAUCCGGCUGGUAUUCAUUGCGAGGCUUCCUAAUCAGUUGAAAAAGGCCGAUGCGCCGAGGGAGACGCCAUUCUAGGUUCUAGGUGGAGGGAGGUAAAGGAAAGAGGAUUGUCCGGCAUGAUAUAGAUGGUGAGCUGUAUUCUUUCUCUUGCGAAGCAAAUCAUGGUCUCAAAUGAGACCUCGUAGUAGCAAAUUCCUAACCCAGUAAUUAGCAGGGUUGCUGGAACUGACCCUAGAUCCACCCAAAGGUCAAAGGCUGCUGCGGAAUCC